AUGAUUCUUUCCAAUAAUUCUCAUAACUUCCCACAUACUUUCUUCUUGGCUGGCAUACCAGGACUGACUGCUGCCCACAUUUGGAUCUCACUUCCCUUUUGCUUCAUGUUCUUCCUGGCAGUGACUGGGAAUUGUGUUCUGCUUUUUCUUAUCUGGACCAAGCGCAGCCUUCAUUGGCCCGUGUUUUUCUUUCUUGCCAUGCUCUCCUUUGUUGACCUGGUUCUCUCCCUCUCCACUCUGCCUAAGAUGCUGACCAUCUUCUGGUUUGGUGCUACAGCUAUCAGCUCCCACUCCUGUCUUUCCCAGAUGUUCUUCAUCCAUACAUUCUCUGCUAUGGAGUCAGGAGUGUUGGUGGCCAUGGCCAUGGACCAUUUUGUGGCCAUCUGUAACCCACUACAUUAUGCAACCAUUCUUACCCCGGUUGUUGCCAAGAUUGGAGGCCAAGUGGUGCUGCGAGGUGUGGGGUUGACCAUCUCCUUUCCAAGCUUGGCCCAUCGGCUGCCCUACUGUGGCUCUCACACAAUUGCCUAUACUUACUGUGAGCAUAUGACAGUAGUAAAGUUGGCCUGUGGGGCCACCACUGUGGAUAACCUCUAUGCCUUUGCUGUAGCAAUCUUUCUUGGUGUGGGUGAUGUAGCCUUUAUUGUUUAUUCCUAUGGACAGAUUGUGAGGACUGUGAUUCAUUUUUCUUCACCUGAGGCACUUGCUAAAGCAGGCAGCACAUGUACGGCUCAUGUCUGUGUCAUCCUCUUCUUCUAUGGACCAGGCUUUCUUUCUGUGGUCAUGCAGUGCUUUGGCCCACCCACAGCCUCUGCUGCUAAGGUCAUCCUUGUCAAUCUCUACUUGCUCUUUCCCCCUGCACUAGACCCCAUUGUCUAUGGAGUCAAGACCAAGCAGAUCCAGGAGCAGCUGUUUAAAAUGUUAAGGCCCAAGCAGAUUGAGCCCACCUGA